AUGGAUUUGGCUACACAUAGCGCCUCACGUUCAUUCACCAAAGAAGUUGUCACAUACAUUUGUGAUCAAGUCGCCGCAGAAGAAGAUUCUAAGACGCUAGCAUCGCUUGCGCAGGUGUCCAAGGCAUUCCGCGACCCCGCCCUCGAUGCGCUCUGGAGACGCAUUCCGGGGGUCACUCCCCUUUUGCGUCUCCUUCCCCCCGACCUCUGGGAGGUUAAGCGGCAGCCCAUGCUCCACACAAGGCGCUGCCUUUAUGUUCUAACAUUCCGCCGUCCCAUCAGGCCGGAUGACUUGGAUCGAUUGCGCAUAUUCGCGAAUCGGGUCAGGGUGGUUCAAGCGAAGCAAAGUCACAAUACAAAAAUCGGUGCUCUCAUCCAUCCGGUCGCAUGGGCAGAGCUUGGGAACGCCAUCGAAGGCCCGCUGCUCCCUAAUCUCGUCUCACUUAGGCACAACGAAACUAGGACCACGCCCCCCUUCGACGACGGCGCCUGGCCGUCGGACUUUCUUGUUGGACCCAAGCUGGAAUACGCCGCAGUCUCUAUGUGCGCUCGCCUCACAGAACUGGAGGCCGCCGCACGCUUCUUCUCGACUCUCUCCUCCGGAGCUCCCAAUGUCAAGCACAUCGACAUUUCCAUACUCCCCCGGUCGAAAAUGACUCUUCCAAUGUCGCUUGGAGUACAGAUCGAAGGUCUCCGAAACCUCACAAUUUUUACGGCGCCCAGUCUCGAGCUGCUGCCAGGGGCGGUUGAGCACCUCGCCUCGCUGCCGAAUCUACGAAACAUCACAAUCAUGACGAGACCCGUGAGGUCCGAUAUCAACCAUGCCUCGUUCCCAUUCACCGGCGAGCGCACCGGCCGCUUCCCCGCCCUGGUCAACGUUCGGAUCUACACCAACUGUCUCGUAUGGUGCGCCGCACUGGUCCAGACCAUCUCGUCCCGAUUCUUCCAAGAGCUCCUGAUCGAGAACCGCUCCUGGCCCUCGAAGGCGCCAGUCCUGGAAGCCUUGCUCGCCGCCGUCGGCCAGCUCCCUUGCACUACCACACUGCGUAUGCUUACAGUCUUCUCGGGUGAAGACAAUGCCUGUCGGCACCCAGGACCCACGCUCGUCAGCGCCGCAGCAAUGCUCCCACUUGCAGCGCUCACCGCGCUCACCUGCGUGCGCAUCACUGGCUGGUGCCAGGUGCUCCUGGACGACGCCGUGCUCGGAACCCUUGCCCGCGCAUGGCCUGCGCUCCAGUCCCUCGACUUACACUUCCCCCGGUCACACCCGGAAAUCAUCCCCCCUCUGCCUGUCUCGCGCCCGCUCGUAACGCUCCAAGGCAUCUCCGUCUUCGCGCGUGCGUGCCCGCUCCUGGAGCGCCUACACCUCCCCCUCGAUGCGCGUGUGGUGCCCGAGCUCGAUCCGACUCCGCUGGAUGGCCGACUUAGGGAGCGGCCUGCGGAGAUACCGAGUUGCGCCCCCGCGUUACGGAUCUUCAACGUUGGGGAGUCGCCGAUUGAAGACCAUGUGAAGGUCGCUUCCUACCUUUCACUGUUCUUCCCGAUGGUGGAGACAUUUUACGAUGACGUUCCAGGAGGCUCGCUCUGGAAACAAUGUGGGGACAUGCUGAUAAUGUUUCACCGUGUGAGGGAGCAGGAGCGGAAGAUGCGGCAACGUCGGUUGGGGGCUGCCGCCGCCUCCACGUGA